GCUCAUUGUGAGGAUGGAGAUGACAUGAAUGUGUAUGGCACAUGGACUUCAAUAAAUGUACAUUGCCUUCUGCUGUUAAGAGAAAUGAAAAAGAAAUACAGAGGAGAGGUAAAUGAAAGGACAUAUGAAAUAAAGAGCAGAGUGCUUAUGCGUGAAUACAUUAACGUCUGUGGAUUUACAGAAGUGAAGAGAAAGUUUUGCUGGCCAACAUUAUAAAUAUGUGGAGUUUAUCAUGAAAUGAUACUGGACAAGUCACUUUUGCGGUUAUGAAAAUAAUACAUACGCAUCGUACAAAAUACGAGAAGGAAUAAAAGAACAAACAAAAAAUCAUCUAAAAUCUUGCCAUUCAGAAAACGUCACUGUCUAAAGCUGUAAAGAUGUCUGACCAGAAGCAGGUAGCUGCCAAAGCCUCCCUUAUUGAGCAUCUGAUGUCUAAAAGGAAUUUUGAGGAUCUUGGCAACCACCUUACUGAGCUGGAGACUCUUCACGUGACUAAAGAGCAUCUCCAGGAGACCGUCGUGGUCAGGGCUGUGUACAGAGUCCUCAAAAACUGCCCUAUGGUGGCUUUGAAAAAGAAAGCCAAGCGUUUGCUGUCAGAAUGGAAAGCUCUUUAUAAGGAUCUCCACUUCAAACCAAGGGACAGCCCUGAAUCAUUCCCUACGGGCAGAAACUCCAGACUUUCUCAUGACCCAAGUCAGGAUGAGAUAUCAGGCGGCUGCAGUUCUAAUUCAUCACCCCACGAUGUUGCAGGAGCCAUUGAAACACUUGUGCCUGAAAAUAGCACGAGUCAGAUGGAGCCCGGGGAGGAGCAUUUCAGGGGUGGUGACCCAGAAUCCACUGACCAGAGAUCCACUGAGUCGCUGGAUCCCACAGUACCUGUGAGAGCUAAAUGCACAGAGCUUCUCUAUGAAGCUUUAACGAGUUCUUGCACAGAUCAGCCCAAAGCUGAUUUGUGGCAAAACUUUGCAAGAGAAAUUGAAGGGCACAUUUUUACCCUUCAUUCGAAGAACCUCAAAAAGUACAAAACUUGUGUUAGAAGCAAAGUUGCCAAUCUGAAGAACCCCCAAAAUUCUCACUUACAACGGAACUUGCUCUCUGGGACCACGUCUCCGAGAGAAUUCGCCGAAAUGACGGUGCUGGAGAUGGCGAGCAAGGAACUGAAGCAGUUGAGAGCCUCCUACACGGAAUCUUGCAUACAGGAGCAUCGCCUUCCCCACACCACUGAGGGCACGCAGACAAAGAAAAUAAAAUGCAGACGCUGUGAGAAGUUCAAUUGCAAGGUCACCGUAAUCGCCAGAGGAACACUUUUCCUGCCAAGUUGGGUGCGGAAUUCAAAUCCAGAUGAAGAGAUGAUGACCUAUGUGAUCUGUAACGAAUGUGGGGAGCAGUGGUAUCAUAGCAAGUGGGUCUGCCUGUGAUGGUAAAUAAAUGUUUUCUUAACCAAGAA